GCCCUCCCGGCUGCGAGGACGAGGACCGGCUGGUGGCAGUCGGGCCGCUGGGUCUCCUGCGCUGGCCGGAGGCGCAUCUAUGACUGCUCUGAGCAGGGGCGAGACAGUGGAGGCUGGCAGCAACCAACAGAUGCAUAGGAAGAUGACUUCUCUGAAGAGCCCCCUGUUCUGCACAGAGAAACUAGUCAGAGUUCAGACAACCCCGGACUCCAGUCUGCACUGGCCAGAAGGCUUGAAGGGUGAAGAGAUAAAGAAAUACAGUCGAGAAGGGACACUACUAAGUAAAUACAACCAGCAAUACCACAAGCUGUUCAAGGACAUCCCCUUGGAAGAGGUGGUUCUCAAAGUGUGCUCCUGUGCCCUCCAGAGGGACCUCCUUCUCCAGGGUCGGCUCUAUAUCUCCCCCAACUGGCUCUGCUUCCAUGCCAGCCUCUUUGGCAAGGAUAUCAAGGUGGUCAUUCCUGUAGUGUCUGUGCAAAUGGUCAAAAAACACAAGAUGGCACGGCUCCUUCCCAAUGGCCUGGCCAUCACCACCAACACUAGCCAGAAGUAUGUUUUUGUGUCACUGCUCUCCCGGGACAGUGUAUAUGACAUGCUGAGGAGGGUCUGCACUCACCUGCAGCCUUCCAGCAAGAAGAGUUUGAGUGUAAGAGAAUUUUCAGAAGAACCUGAGUGCGAGUCUCUGGAAGUCCUCACCCCUGAGAUGAAGUGGAGAAAAAUAUGCCCUGCCUCCAGGUCCCUGUCCCUCCCAGACAGCAUCCCUUGUAUCCCUCCAGCAUCCAUGGACUCCCCAGACAGCUUCUUCUCCUCCAGGAAACCUCCAGGGUCUGAAAAUGCUGUCUGUGAGGAGGAGACGCUGGAGGAGGAGCCCAGGAGCAGUGAAGAGCUGAGGCUCUGGAAUUACCAGCUCCUCAAGGUCUUCUUCGUGCUGAUCUGCUUCUUGGUCAUGUCCUCAUCCUAUCUGGCAUUCCGCAUUUCCCGGCUGGAACAGCAGUUAUGCUCCCUGAAUUGGGAUGGCCCAGUCCCUGGGCACAGGUAACAGCCACUUGGCCUUUGUCCCCACUCCUCCAUGAAGAAUGCCUUGGGUGCUAAGGUUCCAUCAACGGUCCCCUUGGUUUCUGCUGCUGCUGUUGUGCUGGGACUGACUAUGAAGGAAAACAUUCCAGAUCCCUCCUCUUCCCCCAACUCUUCUCCUUCCUCCAAUGAGUGAUCUGAAGUACCUGUUUACAAAGUUCCUACAAUUUUUGAACUCAGACAAAAAACCAGGUUUUUAGAACCAGCUGAGGAAUUCUGUACAUGAAAAUUCAACAAUCACUUACGUGGGAAAAAAAUUUACUUUGUUCCUUAGAAACAGUUCUGGCACACAGACCACCCCAAGGGACAAAGGCCGUGCUUUGAUACCUGGAAUGCAGCUCUCUGACUGUCACAUGGCUCACUCCAGUGGUGGGACAGAGCUAGAACCCAAACCACCAGUGUGGGCUCUUCUCUCUCCCCAUAUACUGAGAGUCCCUGCUUUGGGCAAAGGACUUCUCUGCAGGGACCCAUCUGGCCUAGGGAAGACUAUAGGGAAGUGGGGGCAAAUUAUGAAAGGGCUUGUAGCCAGGAUUCCUUCAAGAAAGGGACAUUUGUGCUCUGUGCUGAGACUGUUCUGGCCACUCAUGAAGAGGCGGAGAGGACUGGAGCAGCGGACAGUGGCGGAGCUGUGAAGGAGAACAGAGCAUUCCAUAUCCUCAGUUGCCACUUCCUGGUGAGACAGGUGUAGUAGGGCCUUUGAUCAUAGACUGGUACCAGAUCUCCCCUUGGUGUACGCAAACAUUUCCAAUAUGCCCAGGUGGAAAGUAGGUAUGACAAAAGUGGUGGCUUUGAUCUGCGGUAUUGCUUUUUUCUCUCUGCCUGACUGCCUGGAUCUUGGAUGUGGCCAAUAGCAGCCUGUUGGGAGGCUUGGCUGGGUAGCUGGGCAUGGUGGUGUUGGGCCACCAUAGGGCAGAAAUCAUUCAUAUCACCUGUAGCCACUCCAUGGGGUCUGUUAUCCAUGAAUGAAGUGAAGAUGUCCAAAGUGUGCCUGGUACAGUACAGGGACCAAGCCAAGGGGGUCUGUCUGAUACCUCUAGGGACAGUAGAGAUAGAGGAUGCAAAGGGUAAACACAGUAGUGGCUUUGCUGUAGAGAUUCCUCCUUCUCUGUCAAGGUUGUCUUUCGUAUAAAAAGCUUCGCUGUGCCCCAGAACUCUGGCCUGCUCUCCCCAGAAGUCCCUUCUGCUAAGAUAGUGAUUUUGAAGGUUCUGUAAGGGCCUUAGUGAGGAGGUCAGCAGCAUCGGGGAAAGUCACUAGUGAUGGGGUGAGUGGUGUUUUCCCCUUUUCAGGCACCUGAGAGGGUAACCGGGGAGAAGUCCAAGUGGAGAUUAUUUGUUACAGAACCAUCUGUCCUGUUUAUGACAAACCCACAUGAGGACUGGAGGGACUGAUGGUAGGUGACAACUUCCAAAGCUCAAACUGAAGGUCUCUUCAUCUUCUCCCCAUGCCAAGUUGUAGGAUUAAAUUUAGAGCCUGGCCUUGUGGGUUGCUUGUACCAAACCUGCAUAUCUCAGGUGAAACUCACUGUUCUGUUUUCCCCACAAUGCCACACUGGAUGAGUACCCAUCCUUUUUUUUUUGGAACCAGGCCCCUUCAUCACUCCUUUUCAUACUAUUUUCAGGAAAAUAAUCCUACUUGCCCUAGAGCCUCACCUCCUUGGUCCUUGCUGAAGGGUGAGGAGAAUAGAUCCAUUCUCUGAGCCUUGCUAAGUUGAACCAGAGGCCAUGAGAGAUGCCAAGUCAUGGGUGGCUGGGCCAAGAUGCUGAUGAAUGGCCUCCAGUCAUGCCCCAGGCUCAGAAAGGGCAAGAGGCAUGCUGCAGGGUAGGUGGCUUUGCAGGCCCUCGCAGGGUCUAGGGCUUUCAGUGGUUUGGGUGUGCCUGUCCCUCUGGAGGGUCCUCUCUGUUUCUCCCUUUUGUAUUCCAGCCUGGUUCUCUUGGGCCAGUAUACCUUCUGUUGUGCUCAUUUAUAAACUAUGUGUAUUUAUACAGACCUGCUUGCAUUGGGUGAUGCUCCUCUAAUUCCCUGAGAGUUUGGUUCAACUAUCCGUGGGUUGUUCCACUAUGGGAUUAGCCUUUGAAAAUAUUUUUAAAUAAAAUAAUUCUGAUUUUUUUAG